AGUCACGGAAUGAAUCAUAGACAUUGCAAUCCUGGAAAACACAACAUCGAAGGAAGAGACUUAUUGGAAACUCAAAGUAUUCUCUAGAUAAUAAUCAUGUGUUUUUUGUGGCUUUUUGGUCUUCUUUCUCUCACUGGUUUUUUGUCAUUUAUUGACUCUACACCUUUGCCCAGGCAGAGAGCCCCUGGUGAUGCCCUUCCUAUCAUUGCUGCUGGACGCCACAUAUUCAAACCCCAGCUUGGCAGUCGCCUGGUGAUCGAUUGCAGUGCCACAGGUAACCCAAAUCCUGUAUUGUCCUGGACAAAAAGAGGAGAGGAAAGUCCCCAACCUGUCUUGAAGAUGCCGCAAUUCGUCACCCAAAAGAAGACCGCUAAAGGGCUUGAACUGGUAUUCAGCAAUAUUUCGAGGGAACAUGAUGGAGUGUAUUAUUGUGUAGCCAGCAAUAGGGCUGGCUAUGAUAGGAAGAUAGUUUUCGUACGACCAUUGAUACCCUCUCCUAGAUCUCAAUCUCCAAUGGUAAGUCUACUACAACACAGGGUAACGGUGAAUAGCGGUGAUACAGCUGUAAUCCUCAUAUUUACGAAGAACACCCCGAAAGGAACGAGUGUCAUUUGGAACUUACCACAACAGUUCAAUACAAAUGACAGAAGACUUGGGAAAAACGAGUUCUUCAAUAAAAACCUCGAAGGAACAGGGUAUAUGUAUAUUAAAAGCGUAACUGCUCGAGAUGCUGGGGCGUACAGAUGUACCGUGCGAACGCCAGAUGGAUUAUCUACUACCGUAAAGUUCACCGUUAGAGUUGAAUGAUACUAAUAAACAAGCCUGUUUCCUUGGUGGCAAUAAUGCACGUAGCCUUAUAUGUGAUGUAAAUCAAUGUUACCGGCUGGAGACAAGGCCGAUGGAAAAUAAAAUAUAGAAAUCUGAAUGAAA